CCAUACUCUUUCUUUAUGUCUCUCUACCACUCUCUCUCUCUGUGGGAAAAACCCGAGCAGGAGGAGAGCAGCAGAAGGGGGGAGGAGGCGGACUCCUUCUUCUUCUUCCAAUACAGCGGUGCGGCGGCAGGAUAUUUAGAAAAAUAAAUCCAAAAAAAGAAAAGAAAAGAAAAAUCCACGCAACAACGCUCCCCACCUCCCCCCCGCCCCCGGGGCGGAGCGGCAGAGGAAAAAAAACACACACACGGAUGUGCCUCCGAAAGCGCAGCGGAUACCGCCCUCCGGACCUUAUUAAUGCCAAGAUUUACACGGGUCCCAUCCCGGCCGAGCGAGGGGGCGAGCUGGCCAUGGGGGGAGGUCGCAGCGAGACCUCGGCACUGAGCGGGACGGGAGGGGGGCGGGGCAUGACCACUACCCACAAUUCCCAACGGCCCAACGCCUGCUGCUUCUGCUGGUGCUGCUGUUGCAGCUGCUCAUGUCUCACCGUCAGGAAUGAAGAGGAGCGACGGUGGAGGAGGAGGAGAACAUCACAGGACACCAAGAUGGAAACCAUACCAAACUGUGAAGCUUGCACCAAACCCUCGGCGGAAGAGAUCCGGCUGUGGUCGCAGUCUUUCGACAAGCUGAUGAAGAACCCGGCGGGGCGGAACGUCUUCCGGGAGUUCCUGCGGACGGAGUACAGCGAGGAGAACAUGCUGUUCUGGCUGGCCUGCGAAGACCUCAAACAGGAAAUCAACAAGAGCGCCGUGGAGGAGAAGGCGCGCUCCAUCUACGAGGACUACAUCUCUAUACUGUCGCCAAAGGAGGUGAGUCUGGAUGCCCGGGUUCGAGAGGUGAUCAACAAGAAGAUCCAGGACCCGACGCCUCACGUGUUUGAAGACGCCCAGCUACAGAUCUACACGCUGAUGCACCGGGACUCGUACCCGCGAUUCCUCUCCUCCAGCAUCUACAGGUCGCUCAUUCACGGCGGCUCACGUACCUCCUCCGAAUCCUAAAUCCCCACGCCAUCUUCUGGUCCUGCACUUCCAGGAUCCAUGCCAGACCAUUUUCCAUCGCUUCUUUAACUACGCUCAUCCCAGUUACAACACUCUCCACAAAACGAUCGGACGAUUCCUCGCCUCCUCACCACAUCUCUCAGAUCACUGCCACGACUUCCUUCUCAUUUCUUGUUUUCUUCCUUUUGUUUCUUUACUCCUACUAUUGUCUCUUGUUCUCAUUAAAUCUUUUUGGUGCUUUUUCCUGUCUUUAGUUCUACUCUUAUCAUUUCUCCAUUCCAUUCUUCCAAUUAGUAAAGUUCAUCCACGUUCGGGCCGCAUGGCCCGAAAACGUUCUGCCUAUUGCCAUACAAAUGAUCAAGUAAACCUAUUGAAUGAUAUAAUGUGACCCACUCUUAUUUAUAUGGGUACCAUCUAGGACAUAGUGCGCAACUUUUUGAUAUUAUUUUUUGGCGUCCGGUAACUUUCCCGCGCCAAAACUCGAGUGAAGAUAAUGACCUCUUCUUUAGAGUCCAUCAUGUUUUUUUAAUCCUCC